GCAGAAUUCACAGCGCAGCAAGGAGGAUUGCCAUUGCUAACGCCGGUGUUGUUGAAUGGCGUAAGUAUCCACAGAUGUGGUCCUUGUAUUAAUGCUCCCAAUUAUCAUAUAUCUUAAAGCCUUGCACAUUGAAGCAUUUGUUCUCAGAAUUUGCACUCCCUGGAGCGAAUAAAUAUUUUCUGCAGCUGGAGCCUAGCCAGACGAUGGGAACGCUCUUAACGUACUCAAUUCGACCAAUUCUUUUAAAUUGUCCUUUGUUCGCUAUGCAUAGGAUUACAGAAUUGUUUGUUUCUUCUGCUCUCCGAGGACCUGAAAGCUGCGGAUAGUUGCAGUGCAAUUCCGGCUACUGAUAGCAAAUCGUCUAGGAACGGAGGUAUAUGGCGGAACGCCCUUUACUAGAGCUAGAUGAUAAGAGGUACCCUGCCGGACUCGUAUGUACAUGUACAAACCAGUCUAUCUAUGCUCUGCGAUCGAACCACAGUUCCAAUUCCAUCGGGAUGCUGUUUACAGGGCGCGAUGUUGGGGCCAGCAUGGCCUAGGCUAUAUAGGGCGCUAGAAAGGCCUUCAUCCUGAGACGUCAAAAUGCUACACAGCCCUCAGAAACAGACCAUGAUAUUUUCCAUAUGCCAGCUAAAUAAGCACCUUUUAUGAUCAAACUCACAGAAUGAUAGUCGAAUAACGUGUUGACAUGAUCUCUCGAGCCCACGCCCUUCAAGACCCCCACAUUCGUUCCUCUCUAGACUGUUCUCUGCAAUUCUCUCAAAGCUCUGUUCUGGCCCACUCAUUUAUUUACCUUCCCCCCCUUGUCUUGUCCCUUGUCGCUUUCUAUUAGCGGCCAUUCGGCUGCCAGUUCUCGAUUCCCCUUUGCCUCCAUCAAUUCCCGCGUUGCACGCGAUGUCGCGCGUUUAAUUGUUCACGUCAGAAAAACGCGUGGAAUGGCUAAGAGCCCAGCCAAGACGCUUUGUGUCCCGACGAGUUUAGCCCGCUUCAAAAAAGGCUAAACAGCGGCUGGGAUAGGACAGCAUGCGAGGUGUCAUCGUACACUAAGUGGGGGUCGUCUGUGCAGAAACGUCCACAUCCCGGCCAUUGAGCGCGCUGAUGUUGCGGUGAGCGUCAAUGGUUACGAAACACCGGGGCGGGCCCCAGUAACUACCGUACCAAGCCCCAAGCAGCGGAGAGGAGCGCGAGGGGAGGUUGGGAUACAUGUAACUACCGAGAUCCCGGCCAGAGCACAAAGCAAGCCCCCGAGAGGGCGUUCGCUUCCCCCCUUGAUCGCCACCACUCAUCGCGUCGGGAUACUUUGUUCACGACCGUACAUUUCUCGCGAUGACCCCAGCGACCGUUCUUUCCUGCAGCACGGCUCCUUUUGGUGUCUCCCUAGACCGAUUCGUCUCAGCGAACAGUCUUGUUUUUGAACCCAAAGUCUGACUCGCGCCAUGCGACACGAAAAAAAAAUGGAACCAGAAACGAAGACGCUUCCCCGGCCUUCUGGCGCGAUUUUCUGGCGUGCAUCGUUGAGAGAUGCUUGGGCAUCCCGGGGCGCAAGGAAACAAAUGAUCUGGCCGGCCUGGGUCCUAUAAUAUCACGAUUCGCCCGAUUCCUCAGUCCCUUUUUUGUUGUUUCAAUAUGUUUUGAACCAUUGUCUGUGUGCGCCGUCCAGUGACACACCAGCUUGGGCAUGUUUUGGGCCAAUUUUCUCUCGAAUUUGACCACGCCAAAAGCCCAACUCGAAGUAUCGGGUAUACUUCUUGACAGCACUCCAAUUUCCUAAUAUAUCUUCUAUUACAUUUCUACAAAAAGAGCACACACACGCAGAAACAGACAUUAUUUAAGUGCAUAUUAAGAUAAUUAACCAGAAUCAACUUGAUUUUCACAGAGCUGAGCUCUUUUUAAACUGUAUGCGAAAACUAAUCCUUCUCAUGCAUUUUGGUUCUCCUAUCCACAUCCAUCAACACCCAAAAGAAGAACGAAGAGAAGAAGAAAGGAAGAAAGCAGGAGAAAGCCAUCCUCUCUUCGUUAUUUUGGACGAGGUCAUGACUAACAAAGCCUCUCAAGAACCUUUUGCAUUUUGGACCCGGCUCACUGGCCGCUAUGAUCAAUCAUCUUCAUCAACAUGUCGUCCGCAGCCGCCUUUUUCCAGUUCUGGUGGACAGAUCUGACCCGAGAUGCCUUUCUCGCCUGCUUGCCGAAAGAAGACCUUUUAUCCAUGCGACUGGUGUGUCAUGACUUCGCUUAUCGCACCGCCCCUGUGCUCUUCGCAGAAGUUGAUGUGGAGUUCCGAAAUGGCAUCUUUACCCGCCCAGCGCGCAUGGCCGCCCUAGAGCGCAUUGGAAGCUGUAUCAAAUCUCUUAAUUUUAAUAUACCCCAUUCGCCGGAAACUUUUCUUCCGCCGUUAUUAGAUCCCGUUACUGGAGAGGAGCGAACCUUUGUCUACGAACCACAAGUUUACGCCUCCUGUCCCGCAGCGUCGAGACUCAGUUUCCCAAGAUAUGGGACCUGGGAAAUGACGGAACUGUUAACGAGGCAGUACCCGCCAUUAUUCCACGCGGUGACGAAUGUGCCAUCGUUCAUCCGCGCCUUCAAUGCCAUGACUUCACUCCGGCACCUAAAGGUGUCCUGCAAUGGCCAAGGGGCUGGACACCGCUACCGCCGUAGCGUAGUCGACUAUGCCCUCAUAUCACUUCGAAUCGCAAUUGAACAAGCACCGUUAAAGUCUCUCGACACGCUCUCCCUCCUCCCAAUCCACCCAGGAGCACUCCUUUACCUCCGCCCAAACAUGGGCUUCGGCGCAUCACCUUCAUCUCAUAAACGCUGGGCGCAAAUCCGCAAGCUCUCCAUUGAAAUGGACAGUUUCCCGUACGACACUGACAACGUCACCGCCACCACCACCACCUCCCCUAUCAACACCACUCCCACCUCGACACGCACCAGCAGCAGCGGUAGCAGCAACAGUUUCAAGAAAACUAACCGCCCCAAAGACCAUUUAAAACUUCUACACUCCUACCUUCAAUCCUUCCCCACCCUUACCCACCUCACCUUCCGCUGGCGCGGUACCCAGGGCCCCUGCCCCCUCUCCCUCUCCACAGAGCCAUGCCUCCAACCAACCGCCACCGAACCGGCGUCAACCCUCUGUCCCAAACGCUGCCCCGCGCCGCUCCAGCCGCUCAGUUUCCCCCACCUGCUCUACGCAGAGAUAGAGAACGCCCUGCUGGACGCCGCGCAGGUCUCCGCCUUCAUCCUCGAGCACAGGCAGACGCUGGGCGAGUUUUACUUUGAGAAUACCUCGCUGCGCGAUGGGGGGACGUGGGAUGAGGCGCUUGCGCCGUUGACGGAGAUUUCGGGGAGUGAGAGGUGGAAGGGCAAGGGCAAGGGCAAGGGGAUGCGGAAGCGGAAGAAACAGCAGCAGACGCAGAGGGAGAGGGAGAGGCAGAGGGAGGGGCAGGGUGAGGAGGGGGUGGCGGAGGAGAUGGAUGUGCCAAUUAUGUUUAGUCCGGUAGGGAUGGGGCGGAGCCAGGUGUUGAAGGUGCUGUGGGAGGAGGAGAGGAGGAAAGACCGGCUGAAGAAUUUUCGGGCGUACGGGGCUGCUGGUGCUGCUGGUGCUGUUGAUGAUGGCGGUGGAGGAGGGGGGUGGAAGAGUAAAAGUCAUUUGCAGCGGGCGAGCUCGCGGACGAGGGAUUUGUUGUGGUGCAGGCAGGAUCAUGUGAAGAGGUUUUUGAGGACGUCGGUGUUUAGCUGGCGGUAGAAGAUGAGAAACGUGGAUUUGAUAUUUUGUGAAGGGGAAGGGGGUGUUUUACUGGUGGUUGGGAUUUUAUCUUCAUGUUUUCAUUAUCCUAGGGUUGGGAUGGUAAGGUCUGGUUCCUUGCGGAGGAGGUUCGUUCAUCAGGGGGCGGAAAAAGAAACUGAGAACACGCACAAAAGAAAAAAAAAAAAAAAAAAAGGUAUAUCAUCUUGGGAACAAAAAGGAGGAGAGAGAUAUGGAUAUAUUUUUCUCUCGGGCGGCGCAAUUUAUUCUUUUCAUCAUAUCCAUAUGGGAUGGAACAGAAUCUGGAAGGUUGGGGUGGGUGGCUCUUUAUGAAAACGCGCCAUGAUUGCCAUUGAUCUAUGAUGUACAUGUAUGUACAUACGAUUUUGAUGAAGCGAUGUAGCUUCCAUUUACGCUCCUUUUUAUUGACCCUUCUCCUUUGUUUGAGUGUUUUUGUAUCGUCGACUAUUAUUUUGUUUUCUCUCUUGUUGCUGCUAUUGAUGAUGCAGCUCUAGCCAGCAUUCGACAUUCUUUUAACAAUUGAAAUUUAUCAUGCUUAAUUAAAAUGAGUAAAAUGCAGUUACAGUUUCUCUGUGUUCUUUUUUUUUUUUUUUUUUUCACACACCAAAAGUAAGCAAUACUUAGAAGCACCAGAUCUCCC